CUUGUAUUAUUAUUUUUUUGUUCGUUUCAUAAACUUCAGGACAUAGUUUUUUAAGCUAGCCGAAACGUCAGGAAUUAGCACUGUUUUGCAGCGUCGAACGUUUGCCCCAAAAUGCAAACUUUACUCGCAAAGUGUUUUUUUUUUUUCCCCACCUCUUGUGUUGACCAGACAUUGAUGUUUGGCUAAAAAUUAAUAACCGUAGUUUUCAAACGGCCUUUGAAAGUAUGACAGUAUGAGGAGAUAAUGUUGCAUGUGUGGACGAAGUACCUCCGAAUGACGCACGGGAACAGCAAAAGCACAUACAUGACCAAGGUGUAAUUAAUUACAUUUCUAAAUUACCGGUUAAAUUAGUCAAGUUCCUCACUCAUUCUGUCAUGGUCAUUGAUAUAUAAAAACAAAAUUUCACCACAUAGAUAUUACAUUUGGAACAAGAAAUACAAUAAAGAAAUUAUUAUUAUUCUUUAUAAGAUGGGUUAAUAACAUUUUCUUAGUUAGGCAAUAUUUGAAUGACGAUGGUCAACUUUUUACAUAUAGAGAAUUUUGUUCUGUUUAUAGUAUUAUUGUUGGACCUCGUGAACGUUUGUGUUUGAUGCAGGGCUUUCAAAGAUUAUUAUUAUACUGUAUUAUUGUCUGUUCAUUGGUUAUAAAUGUGCAUUAUUAAGCUCUGAAGCCUCAAAGUAUUUUUUGAGAGGACUUCUUCAAAGGGGAGAUAGUUUCCAAACCUGCAACAAUUUGUAAUUGGAACGAUUAUUUACUUUCUAUUUAUGGUAUAGAAACGGUGUUUGAGGUUCAUUAUCGCCACCGCAUGGACAUAUUUGUCAUGCACCGCUGCAAUGCAUUGUGGGUGAUAUACAGCUCUAGUGACCAUCGCUUUUUGACUAGGAUCACAAUAUUUCACCAAGUUUACUUCAGCUAUUUCGAGAAAUGGAAGAUUCCUUUCCCUUAUGAUGGCGGUGGGGAUUCGAGGGCAGCAAGGGUGACUCGAACUGUUUUUGGAACGCAGCCGUUGAAAAGGUUCAGCAACAUUCACACUGCGCCAACCGAACUUUCCGAGUAACAUCACGUGGAUGAAAGGCGCACUCAUUGAUUGGCCAAAUUUAGAAGAGGAAAUACUUCACCUUCACCCCACUCUGCUGAAAGAAGGGGAUAAAAACGACGAUCCAAAAGAUGGAGCCUCUCGUGCAGGCAUUUGUUUUGUUAAUACUUUCCUCUGUGUAUCAAAUGCAACUGCUUAGCGCAGCAGAACAACAUUUGGCCAUGGUAACUCAACGUGCCGUGACAAAGUUCUUGUUACGAAGACGAGAGAGGAGGCGUCGGAGCCAACAGAGGAGAUUUGUCGCUGUCUAUGGCUUUAUGUUGCUACACAGACAGCAGGCAAGCAGGACCACGCGGGCCAAUCUGCGUCGUCGCAGUUGGUGGGAACAUAUUAAAGACAACUGGAAUGACACUGACUGGCAGAAAAACUUCAGGAUGAAGCGAGUGACAUUUCAGCGGCUAUGUAAUAUCCUGCAGCCUACUUUAACACGCCAGAGCACAAAUUUCAGAGACUCUCUCUCUCUGGAUCUUCGGGUGGCUAUAUGUCUGUGGCGUUUGGCGACCAAUCUUGAUUACAGAUCCAUUUCCGAUCUUUUUGGUGUUGGCAUAUCCACGGCCUGUCAAAUUACCCAAGAAGUUGUGACAGCAAUAAAUAAGGUGAUGAAACGUCACUACAUCCGGACCCCAUCCGAUGAGGAGCUCGGGGUUAUUGUCCAGGGAUACAGGGAUAAAUGGGGAUUCCCACAGGUUGCCGGAGUAAUAGACAGGACCCACAUCGGCAUCCAGGCACCAGCUGAUAACGCUCCCGAAUAUUACAACAGGAAAGGAUUUUACUCAGUCCUGUUGCAGGGUGUUGUUUGCCACAAGCUCAGAUUUUGGAACAUCAAUGUUGGUUGGCCAGGGAAUGCCCAAGAUGCCAAAGUGUUUGCAAACUCCCCUCUCUAUGAACAGGGGCAAAGCGGCACAUUGUUUUCAGCUCGUACAGAGCAAAUCGAAGGUGUUGAUGUGCCACCAGUUAUUCUUGGUGAUGCAGCUUACCCACUUCUGCCUUGGCUGAUGAAGCCAUAUCCAGAGGGGACAAAUUUAACGCCAGCAAAUAUUCAAUUCAAUCAUCGACUCAGUCAGGCAAGGAUGACUGUAAAGAGAGCUUUUGGGCGGCUGAAAGGUAGAUGGAGAUGUCUCCUCACAAGGUGUGAUGCACACAUUUCGCUGGUCAGCCACAUCAUCACAGCCUGCUGUGUUCUUCACAACUUUUGUGAAAUACACGAAGAGGAAUGGGAAGAUGCUGAUCUUGAAGCGGACCAGUCAGGUGAUCAUAAUGUCCACCACACCUCGGAUGAUGAACAUGGCCAUAAUAUCAGACAUGCUUUCUGUACCUCAUUUUCACGCUAAACACAUAUUUUGCAUCCUCUGCAUCAAUGAAAGUUCUCCUUCGUAGCGAUGGAAAUUUGUCAGCAGAGGGUGCUGGUGGGUGACAAUGCGUAAGGAAAUAAAGGCAUAUGAGAAAUUUUACAGACAAGUUUUCUGAGCGAAACAUGGGCGGUGCCAUCUUUAUCAUUUCUGCUCCAAACCUCUAGUUUAGACAGAACAACAUGAAGUGUGGUUGAAGUAAGCAGUGUGUUGACAAAGUUCAAACUGCAAAAUCAAACCAGAGGAACCCACGGAAUCUCCAAAAAUGGAUUCAGCACGACGUAGAUGAGACUCCGAGACUUUCUGUGCUGUGCGUCCAACUCCUGGGAAGCGCCUAUAUAUAUGGUUGGAAGUGGAAUGAUUUGAACAGCGUCCAGCUUCAAAGAGCCAGUGCUCAUCUACCUCGCCAUAUGCCUUAAAUCGUAACCAGCUGCAGACAAUGUUAUAUGUGUUUUAAAACUAAAUAAAAAUCAUAAAAGAUUCUAUGUUUGUUCUUAUCACUUCGUUGAUCAUUCUUAAAGAAAAUUAUAACAUGUCGGCCUGUGUUGACGUAAGGUGUAGAUUGAUACGCCAGCCACUUGAGUGACCAAAAUGAGGUGAAAUUACAAAUAAUAUUAGUUGCCGAGUGCAGAAGAGCUGACACAGAUUUUGUUGUUACAAGGAAAUACUACAAGGUAUGUACAUAUAAACAAAAAUAGUAUGUCAUUCUUUUUUAUUGCAGAUAUUGAUCGCAAUAAAACAUUUGGACAACAAAAUUCCAUUUUUUUUUUUUUUUUUAAUAAAACGAUAGGGGCAUGUGCUAAACAGGUCAAUAAACCAGAAUUUAUAAAAAUUAUUAGAAAAAAUAUUAACAAUGGUGGAGCAUAAGUUGAGCCUUUCAUCAAAGUAGAACGCAUGUAGUCUUGAUACUGUAUAUGUACAUUGACGUACAGCAGUGCUUCUCAAUUAUUUUCUGUUACGCCCCCCCCCCAGGAAGACCAAAAUGUUCCACGCCCCCCCCAACUCUCUGCCACCACUGUAAAUAAAUAAACUGUAGUAUCAUUUGUAUAUAAAAUUCUUAAUAUUAUAAGUACAACGCUGCAUAACAUUGUGUUCUUUUUUAAAUUAAAUAAAAAAGUAAUAUAGAUCAACUUACGGUACAAUAAAGUGAAAAAAAAAAAAAAAAAAAACACAUUCGUGCUAUAAAAAUACACGCAAGAUACAUUUUUGGACUGUUUGAUACUGAAAAAUAAAAUUUAAUAAAGUCAAUAAUAAAUUCAAAUUGAUUAGCAACAUUAACUCAUGAGGGCAAUAUGUCAAUUAGAUUAAAAAAAAAAAAUUAAUAGAACAAAAAUGACGUGGCAUUGGACAGAGGAACAGUUUUUAUUUUUGCUGCAGGCAAAAGCUAAAUGCUACACACACUUUGUCAUGUUUGCUUGUCUUAACUUUUCAUAUCUCCAGUGCUCUUUGCUGUGUGCUCGUUUGGUUAAAAAAUACUGCGCACACGCUCAAAAUGAGAGCGGCACUGCCACCCACUGAAUGGAUGUGCAAUUGCACUUUAUAUACGACAAAAAAGUAUGUUCCCCAAGAUCACAUGCGCCACCCCCAGCAUCGCUCUGCGCCCCCCCCCCCCCCCAGGGGGGCCCGCCCCACUAUUUGAGAAGUACUGACGUACAGUGAUUGUUGUGAGGCACAGCAUUUUCCAUUUGUAAACAAAAAACUUGUAACACUUGCAUUUAGGCAUUUACAUAAUUGUACCAUCCUACACGUACUGAAUAGCAACAGGCUAGCAGCAGAUAGCAUGUGUUGCACCCAAAGCAUUACAGUAGUUGUAGUAAAUAUUAAACAAUCAUAAUUAGAUUAAUCGUAAUAACAGUAUCAAAGACAAGUCAUUUCAUGCCCAAGCUUUAGUAUUUUUUGGAGCACCGGACACAUGAAAAUGCAGGAAAAAGAAGGAACAUACCUUCCAUAACACCUGCGGCAACAUGGCUACAUAUACACCUGGUCUUUGUGGUGGCUCCACAUCUGCUUUCAUAACCAACAUGUUGUCCUCCCAUGUUGUGUUGAUGGCAGAUGGAUGCUGUAUUUCCAAUUUGGCUUUUUUGAGGGACGGCUCCAAUGUUGUUUUGGAUGGAGAAAGUGUAAAACGGAAGUCGCAAGCAGAAAUGCGGAAGUACCUCGGAAACUUUAGCAUUAGCGAUUGUUAUAGUUGUUUUGGAAUGUCAUGGUUUUUUUUUUUUUAUAUUAUAGCCCUGUGCUGGGUUUUAGCUUCUAAUUUCUCUAAAUUAAUUAGACCCGAUUAUUAAAACUCGGCAAGGUUAAGCUAAAGACUCCAGUGCGUACCUGCAGUUUGUCCACGUCACAGUUCUUAUUUUUCUCACUAGUCUUUGAGAUAGACAGGGCUAGAUUGUUGCUUAAUUUAUAAAUUCUUAUUGGGCUACACAUUUUCGCUGAUUCACUAAAAAAAUGACGCUGGUUGUGAUAGCCCUUUUUUAAGCAAACCUGUGUUGGGAAUCAUGAAGGAAGGCGCUGGCUAUCGACUAGCUGUGAAAUUCAAAUGAAAGUUUUGUUGCUGAUAAUGUACUGUAUAACAGAUAAAUCCCAAACCCUCUUAUUUAGUUAAAAGUAGGGCUGCUACUCACGAUUUUCAGAAUUGAUUAAUCGAUUAAUUUGAUUGAUGUCACUUUUUUUUCAAUUGCCUUCACAAUUUACCUUAGUUUUAUGCAUGUUGAAAGUAACAAUGAAGACAAAAUGACCAUUUCUUUCAAAAAUAUUUUAUUACAGCUUCCGGACUUAACUGUAGUCUACAAAUGAUUUUAAUCGAUUAGUUGUUGCAGUCUUCCGAACAAAAAUGUGAAUUGUUUUCCAAAGUAAAAGCAGAUUUUGUUCAUGUCCUACUUUGAACAGAAAUAUGAAAUAUAUUUACAACUGAAGUUCUAUGUAUAAGUUCAAGAAUUUAGACAAGUUUAAGGUCCUAAACGAUUAAUUGGUUAUCAAAAUAGUUAUCAAUUAAUUUGCUCAUCGAUUAGUUGUUUAUUAAUUGUUGCAAGUCUAGUACAAAGCCAUUAAUAAAACAAAUGCACAUAAUGAAAAGUUUUACGGCAGACGAGUUAUUUCCCAGGCAUUAAAUGCAUCAUCUGGAAAUUUAAUCCCUUCCGCAAUUUGCCAUUUAAGUCCUGAUUAUCCAGAUUUUAAAUUUAAGAACCCUGUGUUACUGUAGAAUUUUAUUGUUGAAAUAAAUUUUCACUAAAAACGUGAUUAUAAAUAUCCAAUUAAAAUAGUUUUCUUAGAUUCUAGAUUUUCCUUAACAAUAUUGCCCCACCACCCCAUGAUCUCAGAAAAUAUAUACUGUAUACUUUAAUUGAUGUCUGUCAGAUCACCGAAACUUUUAUUUUUAAACUUUUUUUCCCCAUUUGCUGCUCUAUUUCUAAUGAUAUUUAUAAUUUGUGCUAAUUAAAGGUUACACACAGAUUGUGCAAUUGUUUUUAAAAAAAAAAAAAAAACAACAACAAAUUAUUGUAAACAUCAGAACACUGAACAAUUGAAUCAAAUCUGCUAGAGCAAAACAUUUUUCUAUAACCAUUGAAAGCCAUGUUUACAUUGUGGAUGACAGCCAAAGUGUCCUGCUGGUGAUAUGAGGGGUAACCUGGUGUGUGAUCGGUACAGGGCUGUAGUACUGUUGGCCGAGUGGAUAAGUCACAGGGUGGGAGUGUCACUUGACCUGUUGGCAUCCGCUGUGACACUGGCUGGGUCAAGUGAUUUUGUCAGUCUUUCCAUCAUCUGAAGAAGUAGCUGGGUUGUAGCUUGUUGCUCCCUGAACAAGGUACUGUAAUGCUCACUGGCCUCCUUCUGCAUCUGCAUUAAAUAUGAUAAUUCUGCAGUGUCACGGGCUUGUCGGGCACGGUCGGCAUCAUCCAUCCUCUUUAGCAGUGCCUCCAGAGUGAGCUCUGUGUCAAGGGUCCUGCGUUUUUUUUUCCUGCUGGUGGCACCAGGAAUAGCCAAUCGUGGCGCGUGUGUACCAUGUUUAUUCAUACUUGUGCUGGUGGUGGUUGUUGUUGUACCACCUUCCUCCAUCCAAACACUGACUUCUGGGGAGGAUGGAGUUCCUGUAUAUUAAGACAAAUAACCAUUAUUUCAUUAGGAAAAAAAAAAAAAAAAAAAAAGUGUAGAGGCUGGGUAAACCAAGUGUCAAAGGCAAUACAGGUAGUCCCCGGGUUAUGACAUACCAGACAACGCCGGAGUCUCGUCCGCCAUUUUGUCUCCAGUUUUUUGUGUGUGAAUGGUACCUUAUUGUACCUCACAGUAUCUUUUAAAAAAUUUUUUUUUUUUUUACUUUAUUAAUAUAACUACUGCCCUUUGGUGAAAUGUGUAUUUUAUUAUAAUGUCAACUUUUGUUUUUUGACGGAUGCAUUUUUUGGCGCAGGAAGCGUAGAGCAGGGGUACUUCCACUCGAGAGCAUGUACACACGAAGAACGUAUUAGCGCACAUUAAGAGGAGCGCAUUUGCUCCCACCAAAAAGUCGCACAGCCAAGUAAGCGAGAGAGGGGAAAAGUUACAGCUUAGCUCUAUGCAUGUGCCGGUUACCAAUUUCAAGGUUUACCGUGGCAUGAAAACACUGUUUCAAAACCACUAAAAGUUUCCGAUGGUGAUACAAAUACUUAAACGUAAGCUUGUUAACAAGGCUCUUAACGUGGCUAGUUAGCAUGCCAAGACGCCUAAUUAGUUUUCUCUCUAUUAGCGUGCUUUUGUAAAGUCUUGGGCCAUUGUAAACAUAUGUUCAAAAUAGAGCUGAAAACGAAUACUCGAGCAACUCGAGUUUAAAAACCUCAACUCACCUUGAGGAAUCGUUUAAUUUUGCCAGCUCUAAGCAUCACGUUUUGCCCGGACUACUUUUAAUGCGGGACAACGCGCUGACGUCACGUGCAUAGAGGAAGAAGCAAUAAAAAAAAAAUACCUUACUGCAGCCGACAGCGUUACAAACUGCGCCGACGUUGCUAAAAACUAUGCCUGCAUGUUGCUACGUGGUAGCAGGUAGCGUCUGUAUGCAUGUCAUAGAUAUCACAUGUACGUAGAACGAGAUGCGAAAUGACCGACUCGGAGGCGUUAAUAAAACAGCCGCCAUCUUAAAGCCGUACACUUCUCAGCGCUCAUAAAUAAGAUUAACAUUACUGUCACUCGCUAACGUAACGUUAUCCCUGCGGAGGGCUAGGUUUCUAUUCAUUAUGACUACUGUCGAUAUGUGGCUAAUUCUUACAUACAUGGUGUUAUACUUAUAUAGCGCUUUUCCACCUUUCAAGGCGCUCAAAGCGCUUUACACUACAUCGCCAUCUACCUACUGGUGACGCAGCACCAGGAGCAAUGUGGGGUUCAGUAUCUUGCUCAAGGAUACUUAGGAGAGUUCAUCAGGGCAGAGAAUUGAACCCACCACCUCUGGGUUGGGGGACAACUACUCUACCACUGAGCCACGCCAUACCCAUACAGGCUUUAUUUCAUCUGUGAAAACAGCGCUGUCGAGUGAUCAGGGUGUAAAAUAAAAACUUAAUAAUGCUAAGUCAUUUUGAACUCAGUAGUCAUUGCUGGAUAAAACACCAAGUAGCAUUGGUGCCUAAUGUGCUCCAACACAGCACAACAUUUAUUUUGAACACUGCAAAAACUCAAAAUCCUAUCAUGACUUACAGUUUAGAAUAACUUAAAACUUAACUAGAAAUUAUAGCUUGACACAAGUGGAAAAAACACCUAACUUUUAAGUAAUGUGUGUUAUCAAGUGUAAUUACAUUUUUAGGUAAGAAAUAUAUAUUAUUUUUUAUGAGAUCUAAAAGUUUUUUGAGUGAAAGCAGUGAAUUAGUCUUUUUUUUUUUUUAAGUCACAUUUGAGACGCAAUUGUUGGCUGUUUUCAACAAUGUACAUCGAAAAUAAAGUCAUUGUUUGAAAAUGGUUCAAUAUUAGAUGAAAUGUCUUGUUUUCUCAUCUAUAUUUAUAAUUGCUCUUUACCUAAAAAAAAAAAAAAAAAGUUUCAUCCGAUUACUCGAUUGAAUUUUCAGUCGAUUACUAAAAUAUUCGAUAGCUGCAGCCCUAGUUCAAAAUACCAUUUUCAUAAUACAGCCUGUGUUUUUUUUCUCGUAACAGUGUUGAGAAUACAAAAAAUUAUCCGAAUUCAAUUUUGUUGCUUCAAGUAUUCGUUUAAUUAAAGUGGCGUUGUAAUGGUUUAUUUUGAAAGUGAUGGCAUCUAGUUUUAUUGAUUGGGGUGGAUACACUGCCCUCUGGUCUGCCUCUUUUCAGAUGGUUGAAUCCUUGCCUGGCAUGGCCAGACUGUUCUCCCUGUGUUUUUCAAACACUGAGAGUAUAGUCUGGGACCCAGCCCAUUAACGGCCUCUCGAGCAAGUACAAAAUCAAUCGACAAAUCAGAUUCGUUUAUUUGCGUGAUGUAUUCUUAACGAGCAACGUCACUCUUCUGUGUCGGAAGUCGUCUCCACAACAACACAGAUGGCAAACAAGAGAGCCGAGAAUAUGUUCCAAUCCACGGUAAAAUCAGUUUUAAAUGACCAAAAACACAUCGACACAAGUCAUUGACAAGUCUGUCUCGCGCUAGCCAUGUUGAAUAAACUCCGCUUGUAAUGUUUACUUCCGCGCGCAAGGCCCUCGUCCCGCCCGUCGCUGAUUGGUCCACUCCGCUGUCUGUUUGCUGUGGCUUGCUCCGCCCUGGAAAUUUUAUCCGCUUAAUGGUGGCCAGACUCAAUAGCUGGAACAGCGGUGAGUCUGGAGUACCAGGCUAGUUGAAUCCAACUGCUCCCUUAGAAGACCAACGUAAGCUAAGUUUUUGUUUGAGCUAAUGUUUUUUAAUGCAUUCAGAAUUUAGUUUAUAGGUAUAUUUAGCCGUUUUUUAAUGGGAAUAUGUGUCUGAACUAUUUGUUAAGA